UUGCGUCACGCUGUGCGCGCUCCCGCGACAUUCAUGCACGACUCUGCAGAACGCCUGUUUCACCUGAGCGGACAGACGGGUCCAGACAGUCAGGAGUCUGAAGGGGAAAUAAAGUUCAGAAAUCGUUGUUGGACUUCUACCGACUGCCUGAAAUGAGACACCGGAGACACGGUGCGUGUGCACAGCUGUAAUGUUUGAACUUCAGACAGUUUCAGCUUUUCAGCUUGAAAUGAAUGAAACUGCAGAAGGGCACAGCGGGUGUACCAACCAAGAGAGGUCUCUACCUGCUUCCAGCUCCACCCAAACAUGGCUGCCAGCUGAAUCCCCUCUGUCAGAUCGUCCGAUGGAGCGAGACCGGCAUCACGAUGAGAUGCAGUCGAGCCCUCCGUCUCCUUUCUACGAGGAACUCUUUUACACCAGCCAGACCUCCAACAUCGUGGUCCCUCUGACCGGUGCCCUCAUGACCUCCUCCGGGCCACAGAGCCAUGUGGUGAAACAAGGUUACCUGGGGAAGCUGGAUCGGAAUGACAGAAGAUAUUUUGUCCUGAGAGCAGGAAGUCACACCGGGCCGAGCCGACUCGAGUGGUACAAGAACCAGGAGAAGUUCACAGCAGUGGAGAAGUCUGCUGGUAAAGCUGCGCUGUUUGGCUCGAGUAAGCAAGGGGUGAUUUACCUGAGGUGCUGUCUUGGUGUGAGUCGGAGUGGCAGUGCUAGGAACGGCCGCACGCUGGCGCUGUAUGCCAAGGAUCAAACCAUGGUACUGGUGGUGGAGCACCAGUGGGAACAAGAAGACUGGUAUCUGGCCAUUAAGAAACUGAUGGAGGAAGAGCGGAAGGAUGAAGAGCAUGGAGAAGGAUUUGAUGAAGACGAUGAUGGGUAUUGCACCCUGCCCCCUGCUGCGUUCUUCAAAGAGGUAUGGCCCAUCACAGUGAAGCCCAUAGGUCUGGGUUGUUCCAAGUCCCUGGCUGGGGAGAGCCGUCUCUGCCUCACAGCUACGUCUCUCAUCUUGGUCCGAGUGACUGCAUGCAGUAAUUUGCCGUCGGUUACCAUACCUUUACUGAGUGUUAGGCGCUUUGGUCACUUGGAUGGCUCGUUCUACUUGGAGCUCGGCAGGUCGGCACCAAACGGUCCUGGAGAGAUCUGGUUGGGAGCAAGAGACCAAGGGAACCCAGCAGUUGCCCACCACAUUCAUGAGGUGGUUCGUGAGACAGUCAGGGCACUGCGAGCUCUCCCUGACUUCAGCCGGUCUCCGACCUCCAACCACCAUCAGCUUCAAACCCUUCUGGCUCUAAAACGCUGCAGACCCAAACACAGAGACAAACCGGUGAAUGUGAGACCACCUGGUUCUCGUCUGGCCCCGCCCCUCAGAAACCCUGAAAUCCAGAAAGGUCCAACUAAAUGUUACCUCGAGCUCAACAAAACGGAGCCUGAAUCCACUCUGAGCUCCUCCUCACAUCCCGGCCCUCUCGGAUCCCAUCCGAGCUCCGUGUCUGAGACUGGAAGCUACAUGGAAAUGAAGAUGGAUCAACAUCUCCCAGCGAACAAAGGGAGGGAAAACGACUGCGGAAGAACUUUCAUGGCGACAGGGCACCACUGCAGUGUUGCAGCCUGCGGGAUGGAGAGCUGGGAGCCAGCUGUGGAGCAGGGUCUGGGUUACAUGAUGAUGUCGCCACCAGCACUGCCGCAGGAUGACUAUGUGACCAUGACAAGCCCACAUAAACACAACGGACCACCUCACCCUUCACCCUCUUCUUCCCCUCAGACAUUCAACUGCUCCACCUCUGACAGCUACUCUCCUCUGCACCCGUCACAUCAUCGGACCAAUGAGGACAGUCGGCCACACUGGCUGGUGACCUCAGUCCAACAGUCCGAAACAGAAGCUGGCCAAUCACGGAUGAGCUGCUUAUGGCGACCACAGGAAGCUGCAAGGCAGGAGCAGAUAUCGGCAAAGCGGAGACGAGUAGCACAGACCUGGGCCUCUUUGUCUCCUGUGAGGAGUGUUGAUCGGUCUGGCGUGACAACUCCAAGUGGACCAGACCAGACCAGGCCAGUCCAGGCGAGGCCAAACUCUGGCGCAGGCAGGUCGAGCCGAGCUGCAUCAGAACGAUGUGUGAGAAGAUACCGGCUGUCGUUGUGUCUGCCUUCCUGCCUGCAAGCUGGGGAUGGAAACUGAGUUGUUGUAAUAAUUAUUUUGUUAAAAUCAAUAAUCUGAACAGGAGCUACUUAUUAUUCACGUGCAGCAGGUAACGUUAUAGUUACAGGCCACAAAAAGUAAACUUAUGAAAGAAUAAUUGAUUGAAAUAUUCAAUCAACCAUCUUAAAUUAAAUACAGAAUAUGUUUAAAAAAAUAAAGUUGUCUUUGACACAUUUAUAUUGUUAUAUUGUCUGUAAAUGCACUAAGUGUUUGGUUUCAGUUUUCCCCUUUUUGUCUAUUUUCGUUCCCUCUUUUUGACUCUUCACAGCACUAUAGAUGCUCCAUUGUUAUAUGAAAUAAUUAAAAGAAUAAAGUCGCAUGAA